AUGAUCAUGGAGAAAGAAGUGGAAAAGUACAAGAAGUACAAAAGUAACUUGAAGUUCAUGAUAGUAUCCAACGGCGUUUGGCCUGAUUACGAAAAGCAUCCCUACUGCGUGAGAAAGUUUUUAAACUUUUGUUCCAUAUCCUCGAUUUCGAUGACUAACUACUGUAUGAUGCUCUUCGUCAUCGCAACCACAACCGACGUCAGAAGUUUCACAAGUUUCUUCGGGCUACUUUUAGGUGGUUUUGGAAAUCUUUUCAAGGUUUGCGCAUUGACUAUGAACCAGAAGGAGCUGCAUGCUCUGAACGAAGGGAUUUCAGCGAGCUUCGAGAGGAACCUGAGGGUUCCCGAAAAUCGACCUCACUUGUUAGCUAACUUUCCUAUGUUCUCCAAGUUUUUCAACUUUCUCAGUUAUUCUACGCUUGGAACUAUAGGCUUCCUCACUGUGAUCCCUUUACUGCAUCUCAGACACGGAACGUAUUCGAGGAUGUGGCCGAUACUUUUGCCCUUCAGUUAUGAACCAGGAGGGACAAUCCACUGGAUAAUUUUUGUAUUCGAACUGGUGGUUUCAUUCUUUGCCUGGAUCACCACUUGCGGGGUCGACUGUCUCUUCGGACUGUAUUCCCUUCAUAUAGUCGGAGAGAUGAGAUUGUUGAGCAGUAGGUUCCAAAAAUUGGAGUGGAGUGAAAACUAUCGCAAAGAUAUAAGAUCUUGCGUCAAGAGUCAUUUAUUGUUGCUGAAAACCCUCAGCCAGAUGCAGGAAGCCUUUGGAGAUCUGGCGGUUUGGUUUGCCUUCAACAGUGCUGCAUCCCUUUGUACGCUUGUCUUUCAAUUCUCGCAGUUAACGGUAAUGAACCCUGCAAGAGUGCUGUACUUGUUAUGCCAUACCUGCAUAAAGUUGGUGCAGGCAUAUUCGUAUUCUUGGUACGGAAAUAUCAUCACUGUAGAGAGCGAAGUCUGCUUGAACGCUGCGUACAAUUCGCAUUGGCCAAAUCACGGUGACAAGCAUUUCAUGAGGGAUGUACUCAUUAUUUUGUUGCAACGACCAAUGGUCUUCAAAGCCAAAUCCUUUAUAGCGCUGAGAUUGGACCUGUUCGCAAGGAUUGCAAAUACUACUCUAUCUUACUUCUUUUUGCUACAGACUUUAGAUGAAAAAGUCUAA